CAACUCCACCGCGGUGCUCGACAGAGUGCAGCAGCUGCUGCAGCAGCAGCAGCUGCGCUGCCUCCGGCUCGACGGAUCCACCCCCGAAGCAGCCAGGGCGCACCUCGUGGACCUCUUCAACAGCAGCAGCAGCACGAGGGCUUUUCUGUUGUCUUCGAAAGCUGGAGGAACUGGUUUGAACUUGACGGGGGCCAGCCGCCUGGUCCACUUCGACCCUGACUGGCAAGUCGCCGUUCAGCUUUUUCUGCAUGCAAAAGAGCGAUCUUUUCCUUUUUUUUCGCCAGGAACCCCGCCAACGACCAGCAGGUCUUUCUUUUCUUUUUUGCGACGCAAUUUCCGCUUUUUUCUCCAAUUUCCGCUUCGUUUUUCCCAAUUUCAACUUUUCCAAAAGGCACUUUCCCGCAUCUGGAGAGACGGACAGACUCAGCCAGUCUACAUCUACAGACUCGUCGGCGCCGGCACUGUCGAGGCCCGCAUCAUUCGGAGGCAGCUCUUCAAGAACUCACUAGCCAAGCAGCUGCUGCUGCUGCUGAGGCCUGACUGA